UUGUUGAGCCUCCGUGGCCAUCUUUUGGUCCAAUAAAAUUAACCAAAUUUCUACGCUCAUUAUUUCUUCCACCGGAAUCAAACCACCAAAAGCAAAACUCAGGGGAAUUAUAAAACUUAAAUGUAUAUGUGAAAGAAAAUCUUUGAAGCGAGGUAUGGGAGCAUCAAGGUCUCCGAAGUUAUCUGGUAUUCAAAAGCAAGUUCUUUCGUUGUACAGAGGAUUCCUUAGAACAGCACGCUCUAAACCCCAAGAAAACCGGGCUCAAAUUGAAUCGCUUGUAUCAGCUGAGUUUCGUAGAAAUUCAGAAAUGAUUGAUCGCAAGAAUUUUCUACAUAUUGAGUACCUGCUUCGCCGUGGUAAGAAGCAACUUGAUCAACUGAAAACUGUUGAUUCUGUUAGGUUAUCUUCUUCACAUGUAGAACAAUCUGAUACUAGAAACCCUUAGUCUGGUAAUAUCAUCAUUACUAUUUACGAUCUUCUUUGUUCUGAUUCCAAUCCAAUUAGUGUUCAAUCUUCAGCUAUUCACGAAAAUUGAUAUCUCAAUAAAGUUAAAGAAAACAUGAUCUAGAGAAUUA